AUGUAUAUGCCUAACUGUAUAUACAUACAAAAGCAUAUACAAAAAACACUUAUUUAUAAAAUUGUAAUAUUAUCGCAUUUUUUAUCGUUUAAGUUCAUUAUUUCUUAUCGUUUUUAUCAUAUUUCUUAUCAGCAUAAGGACAUUAUGGAUGAAAUUCAGUGUUCUUUCAAAGAUAUCAAAUCAAAGAAUAAAAAUGAACAAGAAAAUGAUUCGAUAAAAAAGGAAAAAGUACUUAUUAAAUAUACAGAGCUCGAUCAUAAUGAGUUAGUAAAGCUAACUAAAGAAGCAAUUCAUAACAUAAUCGAAAGUGAUCCGUUACUUUCUGGUCUACCAACAGAUGUUACAAUCGAAGAGCUUAAAGCUCAAAUUGCAGUUGCACAAGGACAAGCAAUAACUUUAUAUUUGAAUCGUGGAGAAUUACCAAAACUUGGAAUUGUGGUACCUCCACAUAAUACCACAGUUUUGGAUCUCAAGAAAGCUAUAAAGCGUCAUACAAAUUUAGCUCUGAAGAGAGAAAAAAUUAAAAAAAAAAUAAGUUGGAAACAUAUUUGGAAAAAAUAUCAUUUAUGUUUUGAAAAUAUUAAAUUAAUAAAUGAUAAUGAAAAUAUAAAAGCUUAUGGAAUUACAAACAAAGCAGAAUUAUAUUAUUUAAAACGACGCAGGGAAAAAAAUAAAUUAAUAAAACAUUCUUAAUUUCUAUAUAAAUUAUAUGAUAUGUAAAUACUGUAUUUUUAAAUUUUAUGAA